AUGGUAGGCAUCGAUGCAAGAAAUAAACAUAUUCUUGAUACGAAAUAUAUUUGUCCGGUGUGUUCAUUGAUAUUACGAGAUCCUGUACAAUUGACUGAAUGUGGUCAUCGUCAGUGUCAAACAUGUUUUAAUAUUGAACAACAAACAACAAUUAUAUGUCAACAAUGUCAAACAGAAACUUUACGAAACAAGAUAAUUCUUGAUCGAGGUUUCAAAAAUGAUAUGAAAUUAUUAUCUAUUGAUUGUUCUUUUUGUCAAUGGACUGGUCUCUUGAAUAACUAUCAAGAACAUCUUGAUCAAUCUCAUUCAGAUCUCAAAUGUGGUUAUUGUGGCAAACAGUUCGACUCAGCCAACAAAUUCAAUGAACAUAAUGUAUUGGAAUGGCAAAAACUGUUUGUUGACUAUAUAUUGAAGGACUUUGAUUGUAAUGGACGAAUUAUCAGUGCUGAAAUAGGAGAUCAGUAUUUGACGGAACCACAUCAACAUUCUGUUUAUCAAGAGUCAUCUCAAUUAAACGAUAGACAAAUAGAUGUUGAUUCUCUUAGAGUUACAAAUGCAGGAGCUUGUAAUCCUGAUACAACUCAAUCAUCAGAAGUUAAUGAAAGUCUCAAGAUCGUAGUAGAUAACAUUGAAACAUUGAUUAAUGAUGAACAACGUCUACGUAAUAUAUUACUUCAAAUUCAAAUAAGACUUCCAAUACUAACAAAAGAAAUAUCGAAAGUUAAAUUAUCCAUUGAAGAAUCAAAUGCUUUUUUGGAAGCAGUAAAAUGUAAUCGAAACAUUGUCAAUCAAGAUUUAGCAUUGCAAGAAAAUAUUAAUGAUUUUCAGUAUGUUUCAUAUGAUGGCACAUUCGUUUGGAAAAUUACAAAUUUUCAAGAGAGAAUGAUCGAUGCACAGUCUGAACGACAAAUCAGUAUUUAUUCUCCUCCGUUUUAUUCAUCUCCAAAUGGUUAUAAAAUGAGAGCUCUUCUUUAUUUAAAUGGUGAUGGAAAUGCUCGUCGUACACACAUGUCACUCUUUUUUAUACUCAUGCAAAGUGAAUACGAUGCGAUUCUCAAAUUUCCAUUCAACUAUAAAGUCACAUUUUGUUUGUAUGAUCAAACGCCUGCACGACGACAUAUUAUCGAUUCAUUUCGACCAGGCAUUAAAUCGAAUAGUUUUCAACGACCUCGGUCAAAUAUGAAUAUAGGUAGUGGUAUACCGAAUUUUAUCCCAUUGAAAAUGAUUCAACAGGAGGGAAAUCCUUAUGUACAAAACGAUACAAUGUGUAUCAAAAUUAUGGUUGACUUUAAUGAUAUACCGGUAAUAUUAUUGCCCUAUGCAGUGAGUCUCAAUCCGGGUUUACCAACGCAUGUUCAACAAACAGUGGUCAAGCAAGAACUGAACAGAAGAUUUGAAGAACAACAGCAACAUUCAAAUGAAAUGAAAGAAAUACAAUUGAGCUGCGAAGAAACUACUUAA